AGCCUUCUUUAGCAGAGCCGAACACAAUCAAAGCGAUGGCGGCUGGUUCCAGGCUUCCCCAGUUGAAGCAAUGCCUCAUCAGGCAGAAUGGCCAACAGGAGCAGCACGGGGUGGCGGCCUCCUGCCUCCGGGAGCUGCGAAGCAAAGCCUGUGACAUCCUAGCAAUUGACAAGGCCUCAGAGCCCAUCACGCUGGUAUUGGCUGAGGAUGGCACCAUUGUGGAUGACGAGGACUAUUUUUUGUGUCUGCCGCCGAACACCAAGUUUGUGGCACUGGCAAAGGGCGAGAAGUGGUCCACCAGCAGCAUAGAUGGGGGCACAGCUUGGCUCAAGGGAGACAUCGCAGACGUUGACAGAGUGGACGGUGGUGGUGGUGUUGGAGAGAAGUGGAGGCAACUGGCCAGACAACUGAAGGACGACCUCUCCACCAUCAUCUUGUUGUCGGAGGAAGACCUCCAGGUGCUUAUUGAUGUGCCAUGCCCUGACCUGGCCCAAGAGCUUUCUGAGAACCAGACCAAGAUCCAGACUCUGCAAAACACCCUUCAGCAGGUGCUGGACAGGCGGGAAGAGGAACGGCAAUCCCGACAGCUUCUGGAACUCUACCUGCAAGCAUUGAAAAACGAGGACCACAUUGUACCCAAAGCAGAAGAGCCAGGAUCAGAGGAAACUGCCAUGGAAGAAACAGAUGUGGUUGACGCUGGGAGCAGCAGCAGCAGCAGCAGAUGUGCUGGUAACGGGGUUCCACUCAGCAGCCAUGUUCUGACCACACUUAAAGAGAAGUCUGCCCCAGAACUUGGCCUGGCAAGUCAAGACUUAGAGCUGGUUUACAAAGCAAACCCAGAAGCUCUUGCUCUGACCCUGAACUGGGACAAGCCAAAGACAGAGGCUUUGCAGCAAGCCUGUGGGGAGGAACUUUCAAGGCGCCUACAGCAGGUUCACGCCCUAAACUCCUUGAGGAGCAUGUCGAAGGGCAAGAAAAAGUUGCCAUGGGGGGAGUGGUUGAGUUCCAAACGCAAGAAAUAAGGAGGCCUUGGGAGUCCAGGUUUGGACACAUCGAUAAACUGAACACCAUGUGAGCACAGGAAUUCUAACCAGGACAUUGUUCACUGGACUCUGCAUCAUUCUGCAUGGAGAAAAAAUUAUUUGCACUUCUACAAAGCACUGCAGUAU